AAAAGAAAAUGGCAAAUCUUCAAAUUUUAUUAUAUGUUUUUGUGAUGGUGGUAUGUGUAGUGUAUGCUACCAAUGAUACUGGAGAUGCGCAUUCAUAUUACUCAGAUGAUGAAAUGCAUGAAAUUAAACCAUUAUUCUUCGAAGUCUGGUAUGAUGGCAUUUGUGACUUCUUCGACAGCAUCUUUGUAAUGUAUGGACUCCAAGAAAUUCCAUUCUACUUGAAAUAUCUAACCUGGGCUAACAUUGUCGCUCUCCCUUUUAUCUUCGUUGUUGUGGUAGUAUACAGGCUGUUCUUUAAAGGAAAAGAUGAUAAGGAUAAGAAGGAUAAGAAGGAAAAAGAGACUACCAAGAUAGAUUAAUUGGAUUUGUGUUAUUCAAUUUGGGAGAAGAAGUGC